GUUCGCCUGAGUUCUUUUUUGAUUUUUCAAAAAUAAUAUACAUAGAAAGUGGGCUAUAACUUUUAUUAGAUUGAGCAUUAAUACCAGUUGCAUUAUCCGAUCCACGAUAUUCGAGCAUAAAUCACCUGGAUGAAUCAUCAAUUCAGCUCGGGCAUGCCACCAUACCCAAAUACGAACCAAACGCCCUAUCCACCUAAUCCAAAUCAAAACAAUCCACCCUAUCAAAUGCCUCAACCUGGGUUUGCACAACCAGUACCAAAUGUUUUACCAUAUUCUACACUAUCGGCGCCUCAAUCUGGUUUCAGCACUGGCCAAUUGCCAACAUUGCCAAAUGCAAGCAACCUAAAUUCGAAUAAUCCGCCACCAUAUCAAAGUUACGGGUUUCAGCCAACACCGUCAUCGAGACUACCAUAUCCCCACAUCAACAAUAUGGCUCCAGGGUUUUCGCCACCGCCCCAGGGUAAUUACAAAUAAUCCUUUGUUAACACUCAUUGGCAAAACACAUGCAUCAUAAACGCAAACCACUUUAUAAUAUGGAAAUUAUUCUUCUUUAGUUUAAUGGAAUUGAUAACUUGAAC